CCCCCCCAAAACGUUCAAAACACUGUUGACAGUGGGACAGAACUGGUGGCAUUGGGAUGGAGCUGGGGACACUGGGGUGGUGACACCAGGGAAACCCUGGUGGCACUGGGACAGGGAUACUGGGACAGGACUGGGGACACUGGGAGGGGACACUGGGAUGGGGACAUCAGGAAGAGACUGGGGACAGUGGGCUGCUGGCACUGGGGUGGAACUGGUGACACUGGGACAGGACUGGUGACACUGGAAUGGGGACACUGGGACAGCAUGGGGGACACUGGGAUGGAACUGGUGACAUGGGCUGGUGACAUUGGUAUGGGGACAAUGGGUGCUGGCACUGGGCUGGCAGGGGGAGCACUGGGAUGGAACUGGGAGCACUGGACUGGUGGCACUGGGACAGGACUGGGGACACUGGGCUGGAACAGGGUUGGUGGCACUGGAAUGAUGACCCUGGGUUGGUGGCACUGGGGACACCCAGCCCUGGGGAACCUGGGGUGGUGACGGUGGAACAGAACUGAUGGCACUGGGAUGGAACUGGGGACAGGGGGACAGGACUGGUGGCAGUGGCACGGGGACACUGGCAUUGAACUGGUGACACUGGACGGGUGGCACUGCCGUGUCCCUGGUGCCACCUGUGCUGGGUCCCCGUGUCCCCGCAGUGUCCCAGGGCUCAGCCCGCACUGCCCUGGGGGUGGCCGAGGACGGUCACCUGCUGCUGGCCGUGCCCGUGGUGGCCGUGUCCUGCCAGGUGGCCCAGCAGGCCUUGGGGACAUCGCAGUGUCACCUGGCCAUCGCCGCGGGCCACCAGCGGGACAUGGCCCCUGGGGGGGGCGGGCUUGUCACCUCUUCCUGCUUCCCCACUCCGGCUGGGCCACGAUCCUGCGUGUCCCCAACUGUCCCCCAGGCGUGUGCGCCCCCGGAGUGUCCCCGCAGUGUCCCCGGAGUGUCCCUGGAGGCCAUGGAGCCCCCAGUGGACCCUGGACCACGGCGGUGUCCCCUCCCUGGGCCAGGCCCUGGCCGCCCUUGGGGCCAGCCCGGGGCCGCCUGGGCCGAUGUGAGAGCCGCGGGCAGCGCCUGGCGGGAGUCGGUGGCCGCAGUCAUGGAGAGCUGGGAACGGCUGACCGGGGAGGCCGCUGAGCUCCGUGACGCCUGCGAGGACGCGGCCAACGCUGAGGCCACCGCCACUACCCGGGCUGGAGACACGCAGGACGAGGCCACCCGCUGGGGGACAGCCGGGGACAACCUGGCAGCCAUAGCCCAGCCGCUGCCGGUGGCCCUGGGCAGGGAGGAGGUGGCCUUGGUGGGGGCCGCGCAGGAGGCCCAGGGGGCUGCGGCCACCAACGAGGCCAUGGGAGAGGCCGUGGUGGCCACCAGCCGGGUGACAGCGGCCACCAGGAGGGGACAGUGGGCAGAGGUGGCCCUGGGGCCGCUGCAGCGCUUGGUGGACGCGAGUGGCAGAGCCAGGUUGUUCCUCUCAGAGCUGCAGGGGUGGCUCAGGGCCAUCGAGGCCACCCUGGAGGGGACAGAGGAGGCAUCCCCCAAUAUCCCCGAGGCCUUUGUGGCCGAAGUGGCCAAGUUUGAGCAGCUGUGGGAGGCCAGUGCCCACCUGUUCACGUGUCACCUGCUGGGGACACUUGGGGACAUCCACAACCUCCUCUUGAGUCCCGAUGGUGACCCAGGUGGCCCCGGUGGCUCCGGCAGCCGUGCGGUGGCCAAGCAGUGUCAAAGAGCCAGGGAGGACAUCCCGAGGCUGCUGCAGGGACAGUGAUAUGACAGCUGUGAUGUCAUGGGGGCAGUGACAUCAUCGGGGACAUCACUGCUGUCACCUGUCCCCUUCCUGCUUGGGAUUGGAGACAAAUUUGGGGCAUUUUCUGGGAAUUGUCAUUGAAAUUGUCCCAAAUCCUGAUGGGAAUUCCUGUAGUGAUGUCACUGGGGACACUCAGGGGCACACAGGAACAAUCAGGGAGGACAAUCUGGGACACUCUGGGGACAGUCAGGGGCACACUGGGACAGUCUGGGGACACUCAGGGACAGGGGACAGGGGUGACUGAGUCCCCUCAGCAGCUUCCAGCUUUCCACUGGGCCUGCAGCAGAGCUGGGUCAUAAAUGACAAUUUCAUAAUCGGCUUCUGCCAUUCCGCAUUGGCUGCUGCAAAAAAUUACUUUCACAGGAAUUCUGCUCUGGUGCUUGAUUAUCGAUUAUUGAUAAUCCCUUGCAGCUGCUCGCUGGUACAAUAUAAUCUACCUGCCCGUGUGAGCACCGUGCAGCCGAUUUAAUGGCAGCGUAAUGUUCCCUUGGGCUCGGUCCUGUGACCCCCCCGUUAUCGCCAGGGAC